AUGACGGUCUACUUCUUCCAUGUCAAGCUGGAGCUGUAUCCUUGGGCACACCCUUCAACAGCAGCGUCGCAACCAGUCACGAACCACGUCUACCGUCCAAACCCGACUACAGACAUAUUCAAGACCGAUCUUCCUGCGCAUCGAACCUCCAAGACAAUCUCUCAAUCGUCACGAACUCGUCAUUCGCCGAGAAGCUCACAGGACAACUGCCCCGCAGCUGCGAGUCGACCAGCCUCAGCUCACGGCGAUGCGCUCUUGCUACCUGAGAGAAACGUCGCCCUGAAAGACGCUGCCUCACCUACCGUCCUACCCAAGAAGGCAUCGAGCGAGAUCGCGACAAGGGACUGGCGAUACGGCCCUGUCACUAUCGAGAGCAUCGACAUGGAACCAGCCACCACCAAGCUCCCCUCGACUGGUCUCCAUACCAAGGCAGCAUAUGUGCCGUCAACAUCAAAGGCCACUGACGUAGGCUGGGGAGUCGUACAUCUGUACAGAGACUCGCAAGAGACGGCAGCACUGGGUCACAAUCAUACCAAAGACGAUGUCGACUUCGACCCACAACAAUGCACUACUCUGUGCAUUCUGGCUGUGCCGUCAUGGAUGAUGCCCUCGGACCUGCUGGGCUUUGUUGGAGACCAGGCAAGAGAAGAUGUUAGCCACUUCAGACUCAUAAGAACUGGUCGAGCCAACAAGUACAUGGUUCUCAUGAAGUUCAAACAGGCCAAGAAGGCCAGAGAGUGGCAGAAGUUGUGGAACGGAAAGCUGUUCAGCGCUAUGGAGCCUGAGAACUGUCAUGUCGUCUUCAUCAAGUCGGUCGAAUUUUUGACUCCCGAUACAGACGCAUCUGACCCCGCUGCAUUCCCUCACAAUACACAGGAUCCGUUCACCAAAGCUUCCAACUCGCUUUCUGCCAAGCCUCAUGCACCACCAACGCCAUCCCUUGUCGAACUGCCUACAUGUCCGGUAUGCCUUGAGCGCAUGGAUGAGACCACCGGUCUUUUGACCAUUCUCUGCCAACAUGUGUUUCACUGCGCCUGUCUCGAAAAGUGGCGCGGAUCAGGAUGCCCUGUGUGUCGUUACACCCAGUCACCCUCCUUCACCUUCCCUUACCCCAGACCUGGCCAUUCUGAUGUUCAGGCUGAAGUCGAACCUGCUUGUACCGUCUGCGCAACCACCACAAACCUAUGGAUCUGCCUCAUUUGUGGAAGCACAGGCUGUGGUCGCUAUGAUUCCGCACACGCCUUUGCGCAUUGGGAAGCCACAAGUCACUGCUACGCCAUGGACAUCAACUCGCAGCAUGUCUGGGACUAUGCUGGCGACGGCUACGUUCAUCGGUUGAUUCAGAACAAACCUGAUAGCAAGCUGAUCGAUUUACCUGCUCGACGCCAUCCCAAUGCUGCCUUCCGCGCCGAGGCCGAAGACAGCGUGCCACGAGAAAAGAUGGAGAACAUGGCCAACGAAUACACAUAUCUUCUGACUAGCCAACUGGACAGCCAGCGCCGCUACUAUGAAGGUCAGCUUGAACGCGCUGUUGACAAAGCUAGCGUUGCUUCAGCCAAAGCCGAAGAUGCAGCUAGGGCAUGUACCGCGCUUGCCGAAGAGAUGACUGUCUUGCGCGUGCAGAGUCAAGAUCACGCUGGCAGUGUUGCUCGCAUGGAGAAGAGUAUCGAGAAGGCCACUUCGCGUGCUGGGAAGUUCGAGAAGAUGGCCCGUGAUAUGUCUGUCCAGUUGCGUGAAGAAAAGACAAUGAAUGAAGGCUUGCUACAGCGCAUCCAUGCCGCCGAAGCAAAAGCCAAAGAGAGCCAAGAAGAGACCGAUAGGAUCAAGUUGGAAAAGGCAGAUAUGGAGGAGAUGAACCACGAUCUGACAAUGUUCAUAAGCAGUCAGGAGAAAGUCAAGGAAUUGCAAGCGCAGGGCGAGGAAGUGGCCGAUGGAUCUGCCUUUGCACCAGAGGCACAACCGCAGCAAGGCAAGAACAAGGGCAAGGGGAAGAAAAAGUAG